GGGGGAGCCUGGAACGGGUUCAACCCGGAGAGCCUCUCCCCUGGAAACCCUUCCUCCCCGCGGCCUUGCUCUGCUCCUGCUCGCUCCUCAACUCAAACCUCUUUCAAGCCGACACGCCUCCUCCUCCCCUCCGAAACCCAGCAACCCUACGCAGCGAGCAGCGGCAAUGUGGGGCGCCGCCGACCUGGUGCUGAAGGCGGCGUGCGACGCCUGCGGCAAGGCGUCCGAGCUCUACAGCACCGCCUGCCGCCACGCCACCCUCUGCAACUCCUGCGCCGCCACCAUGGCGCGCUCGCGCGCGCGCUGCAACGUCUGCGCCGCCCCCAUCACCAACGUCAUCCGGGUACCCGCGACGGCCCUAGGUUUUCGAUUCCGCGAUCAACGCCAUUGCCGCCGCCGCCGCGCUUGGCGGUUUUCUGCUCUGUUGUCCCUGACCGUUUUGUUUGUUCCAACGGCCCCGCAGGAGUACAAUGUUCGGGUGGAUACCGCCGCGGGGAAGGCCCUUUCCAUAGCCAAAUUCAACACCGGCGUGCCGCCCUUCUCCAAGAUGAAGGGUGCGGGGAACAAGUGGUCUCUUCGUAAGGAUGGUCCGACGCAUGGCCGUCAGCUUACUGCCGAAAUGCGGGAGAAAUACUACAACAGAAAGCCAUGGAUAUUGGAAGAUGAUACAGGUGAACAUCAGUACCAAAGUAAACUUGAGGCAUCACAAUCUGCAACUGCUACAUACUAUCUGCUGAUUAGGCGCGGCAAGGAGUUCGAUGCUGUUCCUGUUGGUUCCUGGUAUAACUUCAGUAAAAUUGCACAGUACAAACAACUGACUUUGGAAGAAGCUGAAGAGAAGAUGAAUAAAAGGAGAAGCAGUGCAACUGGUUAUGAACGAUGGAUGAUGAAGACAGCUACACAUGGAGCUGCUGCCUUUGGUUCGGAUCUGAAGGAUCUUGGUGAUGCAAAGGGCAAAGCGGCAAAUGGGGUCCAAUCCAAGAAAGAAAGUAGCAAUGAGGAUGGGAAUCACUCUGAUAAAGGCGAGGAGGAUGAAGAAGAGGGAGUUGCAAAGAAAGCUGUGUGCAGACUUUCUACGAGGGGCGUGGAUGAUGAAGAGGAUGGUGGAAAAGAAGACUUUGAUUUGGAGGAUGAGACUGAGAUAGGUGAUGAUUGGGAGCAUGAAGAGACCUUCACUGAUGAUGAUGAGGCUCUGGAUAUUGACCCAGAGGAAAGACCUGACGUAGCUGAUACUGAAAACCCUACUGGACCAGAUAUUAAGCAGGAUGAUGAUGAGAAUGAACAAGGAGCUGGUGGUAGCCUGAGCAAGUCCGGUAAGGAACUAAAAAAGCUGCUCCGCCGUGCUGAUGGACAAAAUGAGUCCGAUGACGAAGACGAUGGAGACACUGAUGAAGAUGAGUCACCAUUGUCAGUACUUGCUCCAAAACUGGAACAUCAAUUCGGAAGCGAACAACAGGAAAAUAACACUGCUAAACUAACAGCAACAGAACUUGCUGUUAGCACUCCACCUGCACCCAGGUCCAAUCAGAAAAGGAAAUCCGGAGGUGAUGGUGCAAAAACUUUGAAUCGUGCAGCGGUAAAAAAGCCAAAGACAGAACCUGAGGCAAAAACAUUAGGUGUCAAGGAAGAGCGACCCUCUUCCGUGGAACCUAUUUCAAAAGCAUCUGCUUCAGCAGGGAGUGGUACAGAUACAUCUGCAAUUACAGAGGAGGAAAUCAUAAGAGUACUUCGUGCAAUUGCUCCUGUCAGAUCACAAGAUUUUGUACCCAGGUUUAAGGCCAGAAUAAGAACUCCAGAGGACAAGAAACAUUUUCAUGACAUUGUCAUGAAAUAUGCAUAUUCGCACAAGACCAACGGCGUCAGCUAUCUUCACCUUCGAAAGGAGUACCAAUGAACAAACAGUUAACGCACUUGUAUAUGCCAUCAUACCCUUUUAGCAUUGCAUGCCAUACUUGCGAAAACUGCUGAAUACGUCCUUGUAACUGGCCGCCCAUUCUUGUCUCUAUUCUUUUGUUUCAGCUUGUAAUGACAAAAGGAUUCGGGAUGGUUGACUUGGUAUUCAAAAUUGAAAUUUUGGCCAUUUAUAUCUUUUACGACGUAUGAU